CAUAAAAAGAGACUGUGAUUCAAAGGUGCUAACCCCAGAUUGGGCAGUAGGGGAGGUGGGCACACCAGAAAAGUGCCACUGUAAGCCAUGAGAUGUCUGGUCUGAAUUGGAAACCCUUCGUAUAUGGCGGCCUUGCCUCUAUUGUUGCUGAGUUUGGAACUUUCCCUGUGGACUUGACCAAAACGCGACUUCAAGUUCAAGGCCAAAGUAUUGAUGUCCGCUUCAAAGAGAUAAAAUACCGAGGAAUGUUUCAUGCCUUGUUCCGAAUCUAUAAGGAAGAAGGUGUAUUGGCUCUGUAUUCAGGAAUCGCUCCUGCUUUACUAAGACAGGCAUCAUAUGGCACCAUUAAAAUUGGCAUUUACCAGAGCUUGAAGAGAUUAUUUGUAGAACGUUUAGAAGAUGAAACUCUUUUAAUUAAUAUGAUAUGUGGGGUAGUGUCAGGAGUGAUAUCUUCCACUAUAGCCAAUCCCACCGAUGUGCUAAAGAUUCGAAUGCAGGCUCAAGGAAGCUUGUUCCAAGGCAGCAUGAUUGGCAGCUUCAUUGAUAUAUACCAACAAGAAGGUACCAGGGGUCUGUGGAGGGGUGUUGUCCCAACUGCUCAGCGGGCUGCCAUCGUUGUGGGAGUAGAGCUACCAGUCUAUGACAUUACGAAGAAGCACUUAAUAUUAUCAGGGGUGGUGGGAGACACAAUCUUAACUCACUUUGUAACUUCAAGCCUUCUGAUACAGGUACAGAGAUUCCAGAUGCUAUGGGCACUUUGGUACUUGGGGGCAGUGUCUAAUACAGUAGCCUAUCAGAGUUCCAGCUUUACAUGCGGCUUGGCUGGGGCUCUGGCUUCCAAUCCAGUUGAUGUGGUUCGAACUCGCAUGAUGAACCAGAGGGCAAUUGUGGGACAUGUGGACCUCUACAAAGGCACUUUGGAUGGUAUUUUAAAGAUGUGGAAACAUGAGGGCUUUUUUGCACUCUAUAAAGGAUUUUGGCCAAACUGGCUUCGACUUGGACCCUGGAACAUCAUUUUUUUUAUUACAUACGAGCAGCUCAAGAGGCUUCAAAUCUAAGGACUGAAUAUAUGUGAGUCAAGCCCUGCCAACCUUUCUACUCUUCUUUUCCCUUUUUCUGUGUUCUAAUGUAUUUUGACAAAGUUGUAAGUGUUUACUGAAUCAUUGGUCUCCCAAGGCCCUCCUGAUGGAAGAACGAUAGGAUGGUUCAAAAUUGCUCAUGUGUUUGUGUUGCCAUGUGAACUUUUCCCUGAGAGGGAGUAUUAACACUGAGACUCUGGCCCCAGAUUGGUAUCUUCUGUGAAGAUGGAUACUGAUAGAUGACACUCAAAAUGACCUUCUCUUCAAAUGUGGGUUAAAUGUAGUUUGUUAGCCCCAGACUUGGGCUAGAGCAGAAGGCAUAGGCCAGGGCAGUUACUGCUAUUUAUGUUACAGACCUCGGUUCUCAUUAAAGUAUUUAUUGGCAGAAUAAC